CGGUUCCGGCUGCUCUGCUGGUUGGUGACGGGUACCCGAAGAAGCGGCGGCUCGAGCGGCAGCAUGAACCCCGAGCGAGACCUGUCACCUCUCACCCCAAACAUAGUGCGGGCUCUGAAUGAUAAGAUGUACGAAAAGCGGAAGGUGGCGGCCCUGGAAAUAGAGAAGUUGGUGAGGGAGUUUGUUGCCCAGAAUAAUACUGGUCAGAUCCGUCAUGUGAUCUUGAUUCUGUCUCAAGAGUUUGCGCUCUCCCAGCAUCCUCACAGCAGGAAAGGCGGUCUAAUUGGUUUGGCUGCCUGCUCCAUCGCGCUGGGCAAGGACUCCGGCCAGCACCUGAGGGAGCUCAUCGAACCGGUACUCACGUGUUUUAAUGAUGCGGACAGUCGGCUUAGAUACUACGCCUGCGAGGCUCUCUACAACAUUGUGAAGGUGGCUCGAGGCUCGGUGCUUCCUCAUUUCAAUGUGCUCUUCGAUGGACUCAGCAAGCUUGCCGCUGACCCCGACCCCAAUGUGAAGAGUGGCUCGGAGUUGCUGGAUCGCCUGCUGAAGGACAUUGUGACGGAAAGCAACAAGUUUGAUUUGGUCAGCUUUGUCCCUCUUCUUCGUGAGCGGAUCUAUUCCAACAACCAGUAUGCCCGGCAGUUUAUUAUCUCCUGGAUCCUGGUGCUUGAAUCCGUUCCUGACAUCAAUCUGCUGGAUUACCUCCCAGAGAUUCUUGAUGGUCUCUUCCAGAUUCUUGGGGAUAGCAGCAAAGAGAUCAGAAAGAUGUGUGAGGUGUCACUUGGCGAGUUUCUGAAGGAGAUCAAGAAGAUGCCAGAAAGUGUUAAGUUUGCUGAAAUGGCCAACAUUUUGGUCAUUCAUUGUCAGUCAACUGAUGAGUUAAUUCAGCUGACAGCCAUGUCCUGGAUGCGGGAAUUCUUGCAGCUUGCUGGCCGGAUAAUGCUCCCUUACGCAUCAGGAAUCCUUACUGCUGUAUUGCCCUGUCUCUCUUACGAUGACCGCAAAAGGAAUAUUAAAGAGGUUGCUAAUGUGUGUAACCAAAGUCUGAUGAAGCUGGUGACGCCUGAAGAUGAUGAAACAGAGGAUGUGAAGUCACUGACAGGUUCGCAGUUGGAUGAGGACCUUGCAUCAUAUCAGGAAACCCCCACGCACAGAACCCUAGAUAACACAGCAGAUUCCAACCCUAACAACAUCAAGACAUUUGCUCCAAACAGCAGCUCCCAGACAGCAGGCGGCAUCUCGCUAAAUCUGGAUGGAAUUGUUCAUGUACUGGACAGACACCUGCACGAGUCCUCCACUGGAAUGAUGAGCCGCAUCAGUGUGCUGAAGUGGCUUUACCAUCUGUACAUAAAGACCCCGCGCAAGAUGUUCCGGCACACGGACGGCCUGUUCCCCAUCUUACUGAAGACCCUCUCUGAUGAGUCUGAUGAGGUAAUCCUGAAGGAUCUAGAGGUUCUUGCAGAAAUUGCCUCUUCUCCAGCGGGGCAGACAGACUCUUCCAGUGACAGCACUGACCUUCCUUCUGGACUAUUUGCGCUCCAUGUUCCAAGCCACUCCAGCGGCCAUGGUCCUCGCGGUCACGAGAUCUCCCCCUCAACGCCGACCAUGAACUCCUACUUCCACCGUUUCAUGAUAAACCUACUUAAACGUUUCAGUAGUGAGAGGAAGCUCCUGGAGACACGGGGGGCCUUCAUCAUCCGACAGCUUUGCCUGCUCCUAAAUGCUGAGAAUAUAUUUCACUCCAUGGCGGACAUCUUGCUUCGAGAGGAAGAUUUAAAGUUUGCAUCAACCAUGGUACAAAAUCUAAACAGCAUCUUACUGACCUCAUCUGAGCUCUUCCAGCUGAGAAGUCAACUGAACGACCUACGGACACUGGAGAGCCGUAACUUGUUCUGCUGCCUGUACCGUUCAUGGUGUCACAAUCCUGUAGCCACUGUGUCACUGUGUUUCCUGACACAGAACUACAAGCACGCCUACCGCCUGAUCCAGAAGUUCGGCGAUCUAGAGGUGACUGUCGAUUUCCUUACAGAAGUGGACAAGCUGGUCCAGCUCAUCGAGUGCCCGAUCUUCACAUAUCUGCGGCUUCAGCUUCUGGAUGUGGAGAAUCACCCGUACCUGAUCCGUGCGCUGUAUGGUUUACUGAUGCUCCUGCCGCAGAGCAGUGCAUUCCAGCUCCUGUCCCACCGUCUGCAGUGUGUCCCGAACCCUCAGCUUAUGAGAUCAGCGAACACACAGCCAGCACUCGAGUCUCACAAGGAAGACCCAGUUGGGAUUGAUUACACAGAGCUUCUUAAGCACUUUGAGACGGUCCAGAAAAAGCACCUGGAAAUCCGGCACCAGAGGGCUGUGGCUGGUGACAUACUGGAGCGGCGUCUGGGUCAGUAAUCAGGAUAGCAGAUGUUGUUAGGUACCUGUCUGUGAAGAUAUCCAGCCUUGUCGUGAUUUAGCCUUUUAAUCAGGCUGGCGUGAAGGUGCCCCAGCUUGGUCACACUGAUACUGGCCAGGAUCGUAUAUACAUAAAGUUCACAGAGCGCAUGCCCAUGGAAGUAGUGGAUAAGGGACAUUUGUCAUCAGGGCAGUCACCAUUUCCAGUUUCCCUUGAGUUUGUUUGAACACUGGAUCCAGCGUGGAACAACGGACCAAAAAUCAAUCGAACGAUGUUUUGUUGGGUUUUUGUAAUAAAUUAAGGCAUUUCCUCAUGAC